CUGCACUACGGGACCCUGAUUGGCAGCAGAGCUUGUGUCCACAUGGCAGCAGCUGCCUGGGGCAGUGGGUUUCUCACUGCUCUCCUGCACACGGCCAGUACAUUUUCCCUGCCCCUCUGCCAGGGCAAUGCUGUCGACCAGUUCUUCUGUGAAAUCCCACAAAUCCUCAAGCUCUCCUGCUCACAUUCCUACCUCAGAGAAGUUUGGCUUCUUGUAUUAGGUUGUUCUUUAGCUUUUGUGUGUUUUGUGUUCAUCGUGCUGUCCUAUGUGCAGAUCUUCAGGGCCGUGCUGAGGAUCCCCUCUGAGCAGGGACGGCACAAAGCCUUUUCCACGUGCCUCCCUCACCUGGCCGUGGUCUCCCUGCUUGUCAGCACUGGAUUAUUUGCUCACUUGAAGCCCCCCUCCAUCUCAUGGUCAUCCCUGGAUCUGGUGGUGGCAGUGCUGUACUCAGUGGUGCCUCCAGCCUCGUGUACCUUGUGA